AUGAUAACCCUCGAGCGAAACGAGUUUCCCGGACCCCCGAGGUACUGGGAGCACGAGCUGCGGGCGCGGCCCGAGCACGAGUGGUACGGAGUCGGGUGGGAGAGCGUGCGCCACUUGGUGCCGCGCGGCGGCAGGGUUCUGCACCUCGGCUGCGGCUCGUCGUCGUGGCCGAGCGCCAUGGCCCAGGACGGCUACCAGGAGGUAGUCCACGUCGACGGCAGCGCAGCGUUGGUGCGGUCCCUGCGGCUGCGCCACCCGGCGCUGCGCUUCGAGGUCAUGGACGCCGGCGCUCUGGCCCUCGAGUCCGGCAGCUUCGACGUCGCGCUGGAGAAGGGGCUGCUCGACGCGCUGCUGCUCUCGGGCCUCUCGGGCGCUCACGCCGCCGUCGAGGAGGUGCACCGCGUGCUUCGGCCGGGCGGCGUCUUCGUGAGCCUCACGGCCUACGGCGGUCCGGGGGAGGAGGGCCCGAUGCUGGGGGCCGCGCCGUGGGCCUCGCAGGAGUUCGUCGACGUCCUGCCCGCAGGGGCCGGCAUGGGCCCCGUGGCCUACGUGUGCCGCAAGCGCGCGGGAGCCGCUGCGGCCUUGGAGGCGGGCGACGGCGGCGCGCAGGGUCCGCAGGCCAGCGUCAUGGCCUGGGACUGCCUCACGUGGUGCUUCUGCGUCCCUUGCGCCGUAGUGCAAGAGGUGGGCGCUGCUGGGCCGCACUUGGUGCCGCCCAACGGCCGGCAUGCCUCGCCGCUGCGGCCUGGCGUGGCCUACCCGCCCCGGGUCCUGCCUCCUGGCCGCGUGUACCAGGCUGUGGUGCAGCCCACCCUGCUGCCGCCGCCGCUGGGCGCAUGCCUGGCGCCUCCGCAGACGACGGGCUCCGCGCGGGGCAGGGACACCCCCUCCGCGCCGGCCUCCGAGCGAUCCAGCCCCGUGCCUGCCGCUGGGUGCCCUGUCGCUGCCGCGGCCUCGAAGGCUCGCUCGAGAUCGAGAUCCCGAUCGUGGAGUCCUCGGGCUGCAGGCGCCGAUGCUGCAGCUGCUGUCCUCGAUCGUCGUCGCGCCUUCGAGUCAGAGCAGGCCGAGUUCGUCGGGAGCGUGGGCAGCGACCUCGACGUGUGCAGCGACGAGGCCGAGGGCGACGACGCGCAGGAGGAUGAGCAUCGGCCCGACGUCGACGCUGACAUCGGCAGCAACGAGGCGCAGGAGGAUGAGCAUCGGCCCGAGGAGGACGCCGACAUCGGCAGCGACGAGGCGCAGGAGGAUGAGCAUCGGCCCGACGUCGACGAGAGCUCGUCGUCAUCCCCGAUGUUCGUGGAGGUCGCCGAUGGUGGCGGCAGCAAGGCGACUGGCGAUUUCGAGUUGGCCAAGCGCAUGCAGGAAGAAGAGUUCCGCCUUGCCGUCGCCCGCGCCAAUGCCAUGGACACCAGCAGCGGCGCGAAGGCGUCAGCUGCUGGCGUCGGACACCGCCAGGCCCUCGGCAGUGCUGGCAGCGCUGUGCAGCGGCCUCGUUUUUUGAGUCGGCAGAGCACCAGUGGCUCGGAUUCGAAGGCGAAUCCUUUUCCAGCUCUUCGCGAUGCGCAGCCUGUUGAGCCGCGCGAUGGCGACGAGGCGCAGUCUUUGGUGUCCUCGCCAGCUUUUCAGUCGGACAGUGAUUAG